CAUUGUUUUAAAGAGAUAUAUAAAAAAAAAGGAAUAAAAACCCGCAAGCUCCAGCAAUGACCCCUUUUAAACGUUUAAAUCAAAUCACAAACCAUUUGAACAUGUCUACUGCUUCUGUAUUUCAAGAAGUUCCUCAAGCACCUCCUGAUGUCAUCUUUGACUUGACUGCAAAGUAUAGAGCUGAUACCAAUCCAAACAAGGUUAACGUGGGUGUCGGUGCUUUCCGUACUGACGAGUUGAAGCCCUAUGUACUUCCUGUUGUGAAAAAGGCUGAUGCAAUCUUGUUUAACGAUGAUGCUCUCGAUCACGAAUACCAACCUAUUGCCGGUCAACCUUCUUUCACUCACGCUGCUGCUCGUUUGAUCUUGGGUGCUGAUAGUCCUGCUAUCAAGGAGAAUCGUUUUGCUGCUGUUCAGACUAUCUCUGGUACAGGUGCCAAUCACACAGGUGCUACUUUCCUCGCACAAUUCCAUCACAAGAGCCGAAAGUGUUACAUUUCUAAUCCUACUUGGGCCAACCAUCGAAGCAUCUUUAGUCUUGUCGGUUUCGAAGUCGAAGAAUAUCCUUACUGGCACCCAGAGACGCGUGGUUUGGACUAUGAGGGUAUGCUUCAGACCAUGCGUAACGCCCCUGAAGGUUCCAUCUUUGUCCUUCACGCCUGCGCUCAUAACCCCACCGGUGUAGAUCCCACCCAAGAGCAGUGGAAGGGCAUUGCUGUAGUCAUGAGAGAAAAGGGACACUUCCCAUUCUUUGACUGCGCCUACCAAGGUUUUGCUUCUGGUGACUUGGACAAGGAUGCCUGGGCAGUUCGUUAUUUUGUAGAACAAGGAUUUGAAUUGUUUGUUUGUCAAUCCUUUGCAAAGAAUUUUGGUCUUUACGGUGAACGUUGUGGUAACUUGACCAUUGUUACCAAGAGUACAGAAGAGGCUAAGCGCGUCAUGUCUCAAUUCGAACGACUUCAGCGUGCUGAAAUUUCUAAUCCACCUGCCUAUGGUGCUCGUAUUGUCAACAUCGUCUUGAAUGAUGAAGCUUUGUUUGCAGAAUGGAGAGAGAAUUUGAAAUACAUGUCCAACCGUAUUAUCGAAAUGAGAAAUGCUCUUAGACACCAUUUAGAACAACUUCAAACACCUGGUACAUGGAACCAUAUCACUGAUCAAAUCGGCAUGUUCUCCUUUACUGGCCUCAAGGCUCCUCAAGUUAAAGUUCUUAAGGAAAAGUAUUCCAUCUAUAUGACCGAUAAUGGUCGUGUCUCCAUGGCUGGUCUUUCUUCCAAGAAUGUUGAAUACUUUGCCAAGGCAGUAGAUGAUGUCGUUCGUAAUGUCCCUGUUUAAUCUUUCUCUCUCUCUUUUUCCCAUUUCAUUGGCAUUUAAAUAUUAAACAUUAUCAUUCACAGCGUUUUUUUUUUCUUCUUUUUUUCUUGCUGCGGGUGUAAUGCAGUCAGGCAUACCAAUCAGUUUAGAGUUGCCUUAUAAAGGCAUUACUAUCUGAUUGGAUGAGUAAUGAUGCAAGUACAAUGCCGCAGU